GUUGCUGCGACAGCACUUUACGGCAGCGAGGAACAGGGAAGCCGAGGGGGAAAGAGACGUUUAGGGUCUCGAGGAAAGCCGAAGUAGUCACCCUCACCAUCGGAAUUUCUACAUUUUUAAAGAAUGGUAGGAAACCUGUUUUAAAGACGUCGUUACACCGUGGAUACGUAUCUCUUCGUUGCGUUUCUGUAGUCUUUAUUUUGCUCUGAAUGAGGUGGGAUGGCCGCAGUGCCGACUGGGCCUAGCAGCGCCUUACCAGAAUCCCCGGCUGAAAUUACUCCCUUCCCCGGGGAUGGGUGCGGUGUACCCGGGGAAGGGAAACGGCAGGAAUUGGUUACCCCUGCCAAAGUACUGGAACAGCAGGUCUCUGAGGGCAAAAUAGUUAAAAAUACAAACCAGAAGUGCUCGCUUUCUCACUCAGAGUCAACCCAGCACAACCACAAUCGAACAGAAGAACAGCAAGUGAACGGCGUAAACCCUUCCAUGGAGGACGGCUUCAGCCACAACCAUGUAGACGAGAGUCCAGACGAACUGAGACAAUCUCCAGAUCGUUCUGACAGCUGUGUCGAUGCGGCAAGCCGCACGGCAAGCGACAGAAAUUGCUUUUGCGAACGUCAAGAGCGUGGUCCGUGUGCGAACUGCUGCCAGACCCAGUCGAACAAUAGUGACGGCCGGGAGACUCGGACUGAACCCAAUUCUGAAGCUGGCCAGAGCCCCUGUGGCAGCGCCGUUGGUGACCAGAACACGGAAACCAACAGCGAUGGCACAGAAGCACAUAGACAUUCAGGUGAAAACCUGGAUAAAGGGGCCAACGCUGCCAAACCCAACCCGGUAGAAGACUCAACCCCAGCGGCUCAACUCGCGAGGUUAGACCUGAAUAGCGAAGCUGGGUUCGACCAAGAGAUCCGCUACGUUCGCUACGAGUCGGAACUACAGAUGCCAGGAAUCAUGCGACUCAUUACGAAAGACCUGUCCGAGCCUUACUCCAUAUACACCUAUAGGUACUUCAUCCAUAACUGGCCGCAGCUCUGCUUCCUGGCGGUGGUGGAUGGCGAGUGUGUGGGUGCCAUUGUGUGCAAGCUGGACAUGCAUAAGAAGAUGUUCCGUCGCGGGUACAUCGCCAUGUUGGCCGUGGACUCCAAACACAGACGGAAAAGCAUCGGUACCAACCUUGUGAAGAAGGCCAUCUACGCCAUGGUGGAGGGCGACUGUGAUGAGGUUGUCCUGGAGACGGAGAUCACCAACAAGUCUGCGCUGAAGCUGUAUGAGAACCUGGGCUUUGUGAGGGACAAGCGUCUGUUCCGGUACUAUCUCAACGGAGUGGACGCUCUGAGGCUCAAACUGUGGCUCCGCUAGACGACCUGACCCGACCCGACCCGUACACCCCCCCCCCCCCCCCCCCCCCCCGCCUCGCCCCAGCACUGACAAACCCCCUCAUCCACACACCCACUCCCUUCCCCACCCCUCCUCUUGUAAACCCUCUCUGUCUCUCACACACACACACACACACACACACACACACACACACACACACACACACACACACACACACAGCCCUCUCUGCCCAGGCACAGCCUCCUACAGGAUCGCCAUGUUUCCCUCUGAGGACUAUUUUUUUUACUCUGAAAAAUAUAAAAGAGUUUAGAGAUGG